AUGGAUAAGUUCCGAAUGAUCUUCCAGUUCCUCCAGUCCAAUCAGGAAUCUUUCAUGAACGGCAUCUGCGGGAUCAUGGCCCUGGCCAGUGCCCAGAUGUACUCAGCCUUCGAUUUCAACUGCCCCUGCCUGCCGAGUUACAACCUGGCGUACGGCCUGGGUAUCCUGCUCGCGCCCCCCCUUGUCCUGUUCCUGCUGGGUUUUGUGAUGAACAACAACGUGUCCAUGCUGGCAGAGGAGUGGAGGAGGCCCACGGGCAUGAGGCAGAAGGACCCGGCCGUCCUGCGCUACAUGUUCUGCUCCAUGGCCCAGCGGGCCAUGAUCGCGCCGGCGGUGUGGAUCUCCGUGACGCUGCUGGACGGGAAGUGCUUUAUGUGCGCGUUCAGCACCACCGUGCCCGUGGAGAAGCUGGGGAACAGGAGCUACACGGGCCUGUCGGAGAAGGAGAUGCGGCGAAUCCUGGCCCGCAUCCCCUGCAAAGAGAUCUACAACGGGCAGGAGCUGGUUGCCAGGGAGGUGGCGGUGCGGUACCUGCGCUGCAUCUCACAGGCUCUGGGCUGGUCCUUCGUGCUGCUGAUGACCAUGCUGGCUUUCCUGGUCAGGGCCCUCCGGCCCUGCUUCACCCAAGCUGCCUUCCUGAAGAGCAAGUACUGGUCCCACUACAUAGACAUUGAGCGCAAGCUGUUUGACGAGACCUGCACAGAGCAUGCCAAGACCUUCGCCAAGGUCUGCAUCCAGCAGUUCUUUGAGGCCACGAACAAGGACAUGGGCCUGGGGCACAGCCACUCCCCGGAGAAGGCCCCCUCAGACGCGGGAGAAGAGAAGGAGAAGCUCCUGGGUAUCACAGACCAGGGGACGAUGAACAAGCUCCUACGGAGCUGGCACAAAUGCAAGCCGCCGCUUUGCCUCCAGCAGGAGGGGCUGCAGAAUGGGAACAGCUCAAAUCGGCACCACAGUCACCUCAGCCUGCCCAGGAAGGAAAUGGUCACGUACUAUAGUAAAGUGUGAGGAUGGGCACAAAGGUCGGACGAGGCCUUGGAGAGGCCGGCACGUAGGGCUCUCCUUCCAAGGGGUAUCCCCGGGACACUAGGUUGGCCGCUCCAGACGGAGGCCGGUUCAGAGCCCCUCUUGCUUCCCCUCCUGCCCCUACUCCACCUAGCUGAGCCAAACCACAAGGACACCCGUUUGGAGGAGCAGGGGCUGCAGAUCAGAGAUGGGGUGGGCUGUUGAGCUGAGACGGGGAGAGGAGCACCAGACGUCCCCUUCCAAGAGGCCGGCACGAGAAUCAGGUUUCCAGGUAGAACCAAUGGCUAUGCAAUGCCACUCUCACCCCCCGUCUCCCAGCGUGCUACAGUCAAUGGAGGGUUUGCCCCUAAAGCUGAUCAACAGAGACCGCUCCCUCCCCGCCACCAGUAAUUUCAAUUUAGAACAGGCCUGCACAACACGCGGCCCGCAGGGCUCACUGUGCGGCCCGUGAUGACUACAGGCAGCGCGGCCCCAUCCGAUCUGCCGGCCAGGCGGAGGAGCAGAGCACUGCCGGGGAGGGGGAAAUGCGGCAAUUCUCGUCGCCGGGCUGCCUGCGUGCAGCUCCGGCACGAGGAGGCAGGGUGCGAGCCAGAGGGCAGGAUGCCAGCAGACUCCAGGACGCUGGCGUGAUGUGGUGUCAUGACAUCACGGCUGGCGACCGCCGGAUUCAAAAAGACUCCAGCAGCCCCAAAACCUGGAAGGCAG